AUGUCUGAGCUGAGAACAGAGUCUAACGGCGGGCUGUCGCACCUAGUCAACUCUGGCCCUGUGUCUAUUUUGGCAUACUGUGGGUCGUCCAUUUUGAUGACGGUCACCAACAAGUAUGUUGUUAACGGCAAGGACUUCAACAUGAACUUCGUGAUGCUGUUCGUGCAGGCCCUCGUGUGCAUCGCGUGUCUGUCGGUGUUGAAGCUGCUCGGCUACGCCAAGUUCAGACCGCUCAACAAAACGGACGUCAAGAACUGGUUCCCCAUCUCGUUGUUGCUCGUAGCCAUGAUUUACACCUCGUCCAAGGCCCUACAGCACCUCGCCGUCCCAAUCUACACUAUUUUCAAGAAUCUCACCAUCAUUUUGAUCGCAUACGGUGAAGUGUUGUUUUUCGGUGGUAAGGUCACCGCCAUGGAAUUGUCGGCUUUCAUGGUGAUGGUGUUGUCGUCCGUGGUCGCAACCAUGGGUGACCAGCAAGCUUUGUCGUCCAAGGAUGCCACUGCUUCUGCCCAGGACCCUAUGGCCGGAUAUUUGUGGAUGUUCAGCAACUGUGUUGCUUCUGCGCUUUUUGUCUUGGUUAUGCGCAAGAGAAUUAAGUUGACCAACUUCAAGGACUACGACACUAUGUUCUACAACAACAUCUUAGCCUUGCCAGUGCUUUUGGUUGCUUCCUUCAUUCUAGAGGAUUGGUCUGCGGCCAAUGUGUCAACCACAUUCACCAGCGAGUUCAUGACUGCUUUGAUCAUCUCCGGUCUAGCCUCUGUGGGUAUUUCCUACUGUUCUGGCUGGUGUGUUAGAGUCACUUCUUCCACGACCUACUCCAUGGUGGGCGCUUUGAAUAAGUUGCCUAUCGCUUUGUCUGGCUUGAUCUUUUUCGAUGCUCCAAAGAACUUUUUGUCCAUCUUCUCAAUCUUUUUGGGAUUUUUGGCUGGUUUGAUUUAUGUUGUUGCUAAGCAGAAGAAACAACAACAAGCUCCAAAGGCUUAG